AUGGGGAGACUGACAGGUGAAGUAAAGAAAAAGGCAGCGUGGAGUUCCGUCGAAGUCGAACUUUCUUCGUGGUUGAAAUAUGUUUUGGAUUUCAACAAGAGCUACCCGGAGAAAUACUUCGACAGCAAAUUCGUUGUGACCUGGCUUUCGAACAGAAGAGGGGUGGAUGAGACGACCGCAAUUUUUGAGCAGUUCCUCGAAUCGAGACCAAUUAUCUAUGGUUGGGAAAAACAGCUGGUUGCUUUACACCCUGCGACCUUGAGUCGGAUGCUUCCUAGGUGGCUGAAAGCAGAUGUGAAACCUAGGGAUGUCUUAAGGUUAUUGACUCGCGCAGUGGAGAUUCGUGCGCAUGGUGUUGGAGGGUCCACGAAGUGGCCUGGCAUCCAUCUCGAGCUCAAGCUGUGGAUUGGAUAUUGUAAAGAGUGGAACCGUAAACAUUCUAUCAGUCCUACUGGCAAAGAUGAUGCUCAUCUUCGUUCAGAAGAGAUCGUACUCGACACAUUGGAGUUUUGCAGUGGAGCAGAAAAAGUGAAUGCAUUCCUUCACGGUCUUCGAGCCGAUAACGAGUUGAAGGAUCUGGCGUCAGAGAUGGAGAAGUUAUUGCCUGCCAGACGCAAGAAGCUAAUGAAGAUCAUGUUGCUGGUGGAAGCGAAUGCAGGUCCUGCAGAAGUGUUCAGGAAAAUGCCCAUUGCAAAGGUGGAUCGCUCGAUUGCGACAUUUGAUCGCGCAGGGCGCGCAAAGCAAAUAGAAGAUCCUGAAGUCUUCUUCAAGAAACUCAAACAAUUUCUUGGAUAUGUGGACGCAUACCGAGAAAAUCACGGUGAGUUUAGUGACGAUGACGUCGUCCGUGCGUUGGACAACGCGAGAAGAUCGCUGGCGGAGCUAUUUGCAUAUCUUCAAUUGUUCGGAAGCGUCCCUGGAAUGGAGACGCGCGCAGCCCAACUACUAGAAAAGUUACCUGACCUUACCGCACCAGAAUAUUUCGGUUCUUUGCAGAAGGAGACACCAGUCAAUGGUCGUUACAUCGGUUUGUACUAUGACUUUGUAAUUGGCGCUGUGGAGGUAGCAGGUGGCAUGCUCCAUGUUUUUACGGACAUUCGCUGUCUCGCGUUUGCAACGAGUGCUCGCAUAACGCAAAUGGUAUUGACAAACGACUUCUCUGCAAUAACUUCGAUGCCAUGUGGAACGUUGGCCAGUCAAGACAUUUGCUCACGACGGUCGGCUCUUUUUACCACGCUCGUUGUGGUAGCGCAGUUUACUGCACCAGCAUCUGCUUUCUGCGGAGGCAAUCACAAUUGA